GGGCGGAAGCGGGGGCCCCACGAGGGCGGGGAGCCGCGAGGCGGGCGGUGCGGCUGGUGGGCCCUGGCGCCCGCCUGUCUGCAGCCCUUGAACACGCCGCGGGGCUUUCUGCUGUUCCUGUGCGCCGCCUCCUUCCUGCAGGGCAUGACGGUCAACGGCUUCGUCAACACCGUGGUCACCUCCAUCGAACGCCGCUAUGACCUGCACAGCUACGAGAGCGGCCUGGUGGCCAGCACCUAUGACCUGGCCGCCUGCCUCUGCCUCGCCUUCGUCGGCUACUUCGGGGGCCGCGGACACAAGCCGCGCUGGCUGGGCUGGGGCGUGCUGACCAUGGGGGUCGGCUCGCUGGUGUUCGCGCUGCCACACUUCGCUGUGGGCCCCUACGAGGCCGAGGGUGACGCGGGCGUCAGCGCCUGCCCGGCCAACCGCAGCGCGGCCUGCGGCCGCAGCGCCUCGGGCCUGUCCGGCUACCGGCUGGUCUUCAUGCUGGGCCAGUUCCUGCACGGGGUCGGCGCCACGCCCCUCUACACGCUGGGCGUCACCUUCCUGGACGAGAACGUCAAGUCCAGCUGCUCGCCCGUCUACAUCGCCACCUUCUACACGGCGGCCAUCCUCGGGCCCGCAGCCGGCUACCUGAUCGGGGGCGCCCUGCUCAACAUUUACACGGAUAUUGGCCGCCGGACGGAGCUGACCACCGAGAGCCCGCUGUGGGUCGGCGCCUGGUGGGUGGGCUUCCUGGGCGCGGGGGCCGCGGCCAUCCUCCUCGCGGUCCCCAUCCUCGGCUACCCGCGGCAGCUGCCAGGUGGGUGCUCCUGCCCCGGGGGUGCGGCGUCCUGCCCCUGCCCCCGCCCCGGGCCGUCUGGGACACCGAGGAGCAUGACAGAGCCCGCCCUCCGUCCUGAAGCUGCAGGCUCAGACCCUGGUGCGGGUUCCCCCUCAGCCCCGGUGUCUGGAAUGCGUGUGGGCGCCCCCACCACACUGGCACCCCCCCCACGCCCUCUCAGAACCGGGGCUCCCUGUGCUCGGUGGGGAGGAAGGUGGCCUCGGGCCCCGCAGCCCCCUAGCUGCCCUGCGCCCACUCCGGCCUCUGCCUCUCCCCUCGGCCCCCCGUGCAGCUCCACCUGGCUCCUCCUGAAGAACCCCACGUUCAUCCUGCUGUGCCUGGCCGGGGCCACCGAGGCCACGCUCAUCACCGGCAUGUCCACAUUUGGCCCCAAGUUCCUCGAGUCCCAGUUCAGCCUGAGUGCCUCAGACGCGGCCACCUUGUUCGGGUACCUGGUGGUGCCGGCAGGCGGUGGUGGCACCUUCCUGGGCGGCUUCUUCGUGAACAGGCUCAAGCUCCGCGGCUCAGGCCUCGUCAAGUUCUGCCUGCUGUGCGCACUGACCAGCCUGCUGGCCACCCUGGUCUUCCUCACGCACUGCCCCAACGUGCCCAUGGCAGGCGUGACGGCCAGCUACGGCCGGAGGUCCAGCUCUGAGCCUGUCUCCCCACCUGCGAAAUGGGACGGCCGCUCAGCCCACGUCUGCGAGGUGACGCUGAAAGUGGCCGAGCAUCGGCCCCGUGCGCCCCUGUCCUGGGAAUGUUCUCAGGUGUACCGAGACUGUAGCUGUGUCCCUCAGAAUCUUUCCUCUGGUUUCGGCCAUGCCACUGCAGGGAAAUGCGCUUCCGCUUGCCAGAGGAAGCCCCUGCUCCAGGCUUUCACAUUCGUUGUAAUUAUCUUUACCUUCCUCAGCAGCGUCCCCGCGCUCACGGCCACCUUACGGUGUGUCCGCGAGCAGCAGCGGUCCUUCGCGCUGGGAAUCCAGUGGAUCGUGGUUAGAACCCUAGGUGGCAUUCCAGGCCCCAUCGCCUUCGGCUGGGUGAUCGACAAGGCCUGCCUGCUCUGGCAGGACGUGUGCGGCCAGCACGGCUUCUGCUUUGUGUACCAGAACGCGGCCAUGAGCCGGUACCUGCUCGUCGCCGGGCUGGUGUACAAGGUGCUGGGCUGCCUGUUCUUCGCUGCCGCUUGCCUCCUGUACAAGGCCCCCUCGGGCCCCUCCCACGGCCUGGAACCCUCUCUGCCCAGCCAGUCCUCGGCCUCCGACACUCCCGCGGACCUCCAGGCUGCCCACUCAGCCCUCAAGCUCCAAAGCGACAUCUGACGGCUCACCUGCCUGCUCCGAGCCCGAGCCAGCACUCGGCACCCCCAAAACACCAUCCAGCUGCUCCCUGGAAGGGCCUGCCCCUCGCCAUUGCUCGCCUAGCUCUGAGGUCCCUUUGAAAAUCUCCCACUGGAUUCUGGGGAAACCGAACCAGGGGUCACCCGGUGCCCGAGCCUCGAAGGCGGCAAAGAGACAGAACGCAAGACGCCUCAGAAAUGCACAUAGGAGGGGGCGGGCGGCCGUCCCUCUGGCUCAGGAGGGGGGCGCCCCACGGUGCCCACACACAAUGCCCACGAAAGCCCCGGGCGGGCCCCCGGUGGCGUAGAGCGGGGCGCUGGCAGCCAAGCCGAGCGAGGCCCCCGCCCGCGGCACGUGCUCACGGAGCCUUCUCCUCGACGUGAUGUUCAGCACCUGCUGUCACCCCCCGUCCCGGGACAGGCGCGGCUUGCAUGGGCGUGUAUUUAUAGACCCAUAUUUUGGAUAAACACUGAUUUUUAGCGUGUUUUUUACCUGAUCACGUGGUGGGCAGAGAGCGCAGUCAGCAGGCACCUGUGGACGUCGCCUGGAGGGCCUCGACCUUCCCGGGGUGUUUGUUCCGGGCGUCCUCAGUGAAAUCGUGCGCACGUUAAUAUAUUUUAAUAUUGAAAGCA